CGAAAAGAAACUCACUCAUGAUGAUAAUAAUAAUUUUAUGAAAGUAUUUAAUUGAGUUCAUUGUUUAAAUGAAAAGUAAUUUAAAAUAUCAAUGUUUGCUGAAUAUAAAUGUUUAUUAAUAUAUUUAUUAUAUAGGAUCUUGUUUAAAUAAUCAAUUUAAUCAAUAAAUUUGUAAAUCAUGCAACCAUCAUGUAUCAUAGAAAUUCAACCAGCUACCCCAGUAACUAAAAAUCAUUCAAAAAAUUUUCAUAAAACAGAUCCUAUUAUAGAUUAUUCACAAAAUUCUAUAAUCAAUAAUAAUCAAUCUAAUAAUAAUAGUAAUAAUGAUAAUUUAUCGAUUGAAUCAAUUCAUAAUUAUUUAGAAAUUAAACCAUCUAAUUCAUCAAUUAAUCAAUCAAUAAAAUCAUCAAAUAUAAGAAAAUAUAGUAAAAAUAUUCAUUCAAAUAUUAUAUUAACUAAAUCCAAUACACAUAUACCAUCAUGGAGAACACAUAAAUAUGGUAAAUAUUGUUGGAAAAGUUGGAUUACAUUUGUACAUUUAGUGAUUGCAUUUAGAGCAAUAAUUGUACGUAUUGGAUUUAUAUGUUUUACAUGUACAGCUAUUGUAAGUGUUGUAAAAGAGAAACAAGAUGGAAGAUUUUGGUUUUUAGCAUUAACUAUUAUACCAUUAUUAAUUGAUUUAAUUGUAGCAAUUAAUGCAUAUGUUUCUGGUAGAUCUGUAACACCAACAAUAUCUAAAUGGUUUUCACUGUGUAAUUUCACUUAUCUCAUUUGUGCAUGUCCACCUAUAUGGAUUAUUGAAUUACAUCAUAUGGAUCAAGUGAAUAAUGCAUCUGCUCUAUUUGAGCUAAUGACAACCAAAAAUCAUACUCCAAUUAUUACAGUUCCAGCAUGGAUAAAUAAAGCACCAUCAAUAAUAUCACGUGAAAAUGAAAGUAUGAUGAUUAUGGGUACAGAAAUUGAAGAAUUCAUGCAUUCAGCUUAUUUGACAACAAAAGAGCCUCAGAGAACAAAAAGAAUGACUCGUAAUACAUUUAUUCAUGAGGUCCUAUCAAAUGAAACUAUUGGUUUACAAGUUUCAAUGGAUGUAUUACAAUCAUUACAACUACAUAAUUUUUCAUUAAAAGAACGGAUACGUAUUCUGGAACAAUUAUUAUUACUAUCUGUAAUUGUUGGACGUUGGUUAAUGCCUAGAGAAGGAUUAACACGUGAUCAACUAUCUCAAUUAUUAUUAAUUAACAUUGGUACAGCAGCAGAUAUAUUGGAAUUAUUUGAAGCAUUUAAUGAACAAGAAGUUCGUAGAAAUGAUUUUCUACGCACUGUAAUUUUAUCAUUAUGGCAAGCUAGUUUAUUACAAUUUUGUUUCAAUAAAACCGCACUUAAAACACAAAAGAAUUACAAUAAUAGAAAUUUAUUAUUGUCUAAAUCAAAUGAAUUAUCUUCAUUUCAAAGUUCAAUGGAUGAAAAAUCAUUAAGUGAUGGUGAAAGUCGAUUUACUGCUAACAAUAGUAAUAAUAAUACCAAUAGUAAUGAUAGUGAUAACGUUGCAUCAAAUUUAAAAAAUAAAUCUCUAAGAAGGAAUACAUUAGCUUAUUUGAAACAAUGGUAUUUAACUCGUAAAAAUCAAAAACGAGAACCAGAAAAUCCAGAUCAUGACAAUUGCAUUAUUACCAAUGUUGAAUGUGGUUCCACAUUAAAAAUCCCCGAAUCAGACGUAAAGCGACAACAACAACAACAGUCAGCUCAAUUACUUGUUCCACCUUUAACAUUAUCAUCAUCACCAUCAUCAUCAAAAAUUGAUGGUAUACCAAAAUCAGUAUCACAAAAUGAUUUUAUAGAUAAUUCUAACAAUGUUAAUUGUCCAUUAAUUGGUGGUUGUCUUUUAUUAUGUCGUGAACGACCAUGUUUAUGUUGUGAAACUGAAUUAUGGGCUAUUGGUAUAUCAUUAAUGUUACAAGAUUUACCAUUUCUUAUAUUAAGAAUAACUUUAAUAGUAUAUUAUAAUGUAAAAAGUUAUUCAAAUGUAUUUUUCACUUGUAAAAAUACUUUAUUAAUUUUAUUACAAGUAUUUCGUUCAAUUGUUAUAUUAUCUGAAGCUGGUAAAUUUAAUCCAUUUUAAUCAUUUCAAUGAUAUUUGUAUAAAUCAAUAUACAAUUAUAGUUUAUUGAAUAAUUUCAUUAAAUUUUUUUGUUUAAAUCAAUAAAAAAUAAUCAAUUGAACAAGAUCAUGUGUAAUCAUUGAAUAAUUUGAAAAAUGAAUCAUUUUUGGACUUUUUUAAAAAACAAAACAAAAAGAAAAACAUUAGAGAUAGAAUAUUGUCACAAUUAAUGUCAUUGCUGAAAAAAAAACACGGGUGGAUUUUUUGUAACAUUAUUAUGUAAUUGAUUCAAUAUUUUAAAUAAAGAGUUAUGAUUUACGCAA